AUUUUAGGCCAGCCCAAAAAUGAAGUGAUCGCAAUUUUUUUCCAUAGAUGCACAUAACGCGAAUACUAUUUUUUUUAUGAUUGAAAGAUUACUGGUAGCCCGGAGGCCUUUCCAGCUUCACCAGGACACGUGGUGUAAAGACGCACCUAAGAUUAAUUUGAAACCCGAACCCAUAGAUUUCUCAACGCGAAUGACCCAUCCAACUUGAAAUAUGAGUUCUAAUUUUCAAUUUUGUAGUACAAUGGUUGUCCCACUCUGCAAGCCGAAAUGCAUUACUGCUUCACAGCAAAAAUAGGCAGGUUACCCGUGCGGACUCACAGGACGUCCUAUCACCGGUAAAAUUAUAUUUUAAAUUAUUAGUAGGUUGUAGUGGUGUGCAUGCGCAUGCGCAUUACUAGCACUUGCGAUUCCGUAUUUUGUAUGCCAUGCUCACAUUUACCAAAACGACAUGGUCGUUGUGAACUCAAUGUGCAUUUCCCUUCUUUGAAAUUUUAAAUGUUAGUUGAAUGCACAUUACCCUAACGAGGAGGCGAAUGUGCAUUUACCGGAAAAUGUGUACAUUUGCCGCAAUAUCUACUUUUGCCGUACACACAUGGUAUUUAGGCAUCUGUUCAAUUUUUUUAUUUUUUCUGUAUGCACCUAUUUUGAAUUCUAAUCCAGAUUGUUGAAUAUUUUCGGUAGGCAGCGGCUUGGCUCUGCCCCUGGCAUUGCUGAAGUCCAUGGGCGACGGUAACCACUCACCAUCAGGUGGGCCGUAUGCUCGUCUGCCUACAUGGGCAAUAAAAAAAAAUUUUAACUUUUAAUUUUUAUGGCUGUAAUAUGGUUUUAAGAAUCGUUAAAAAAAAUAAUUAAGUAUAUUUAAAACAGUAUAUAGAUAUCAACUAUAACGCUAUUCUAUCAGAAUGCUCAAAGCUGCCUGCAAGUGUGUAGAAAAAAACAUUUUUUAAACAUAUUUUUUUGAUAACAGCGUGUAAAUAUAGAUAAAAACGGGACAAUCAAUUUGCGUUUUAAGUCAGUAGUCAGUGACGAUCAGUCAAGGCGAAAGAGCGGUCGUGUUCGGUAGAGAAAAAAAAAUACAUUUCAAACUACCCAUCUCGGCGGUAGUUUGACAGUGACGAAAUCCAGUGUUCUAUAUAAAACUCUCGUGCGAUUAUCGAAAUAAAUAUUAAAAAUCAUGAAUGUGACCACGGCCAAGGUCGUGUCGAUGCUGGCGCUGGGCUUAGGGAGUUUCUUUGGUGGUAUGUUGCCUUCAUGUUUUUCGGAAAGCGCAAGACAACGGCACCCUCUCGUGCUAUCCUGCCUCCUCUGCUUCGGUGGUGGAGUGCUUCUGGCCACUUCCCUCGUCCACAUGUUGCCAGAAGCAAGGGAAAAAUACCCGAACUACUCAGAGCUAAUGGUCUGCAUUGGUUUCUUCAUUGUUUACUUGGUUGAUGAGAUAUUCCAUCUGUGUUCCACUGAAAUCAAUCAUGGAAGUCCGGCCAAUCAGGGCUUGAGAUAUGGAACUGAGAGAUCGUCUUUGCUGAAUCGCGAUGGAGAAUUGAGAGAACGAUGUCCCGGUGAGGUGGAUAACCCUCAAAUGUGCCACGUGAGUCAUACGGCUCCGUGCAAUAGGAGUUCAUCAGGAACAAUAGGAUUGUUAUGCGCUCUCUUCGUUCACAGCCUACUGGAAGGUCUGGCUAUUGGUCUUCAAGAAGAUGGAACUCAGGUGCUGCUUCUGCUAGGAGCUGUCGCCUCUCACAAGUUUGUCGUGGCGUUUUGCCUCGGCGCUGAGCUGUGCGCUAGUCUGCCGGGCCGGAUGUGCGCCCAAAUGGUGUGCAUCCUUAUAUUCAGCGGUGGCUCCGUCGCCGGAAUCGGCAUGGGAGCAGCCUUGGAAAAUGUCAGAACGCUGAAGGAUUCUGUGGCGGUACCGAUUAUGCAGGCACUUGCGGCGGGAACACUGCUUUACGUGACUGUGAGCGAAGUUCUUCCACGAGAGAGAGCAAAUUGGCACGAGCGCAAGAGCACCGCUGGUAUUGCACAAUUUACAGCAGUAGCAGUCGGCUUCGCGGCUAUGUAUUUGUGCACUGUAUUCCUAGGUAUGUGUGGAUAUUUUGGAGUAUAUGUAUAUUUAUAUUAUCCGCUGGAAGCAGGCAGUGGAGAACUGAUUGUUGUGACGAGGCUUGGGGGAGGGCUAUGUCCAACAGUGGACGUCUGUUGGCUGAAAAAAGAUACAUGGGUAUUUUUAACGUGAACAGGUACUGUCACUCGUCGCUAGAUGUCAUUAGUACAUUAAAAAUUCUACUUUUAAUACGCAGUUAAAUUUCAAUACUUAUUUUUAAAAAAAUGUUGGAAAUGUUUUAUGCAGACUGUCAUUCGCAUUAGCAUUGUUUGACUCUUUUUUUUCCACCACGGCACGGAAGCCUUUUGGUAAUAAUGAAACAAAUAAAAAAGGCAUUCAUUGAAUACAUUCUUAUAAUUUUCUUAUUUUUGUUCCAGAUCAUGACGGUUGAUUUCAUCAACAAUCUAAUUUUUGCUUAUAAAUUUUUUUAUGUUUUGUAAUGACAUUUCUUUAUGAAGACUCUUAGAUUAAGAUGUAAUCUAGUUCGUGGUUAGGUAUUAGGUAAUAAAAGUAUGACAAUAAAAUAAAUAUUACUAUUUC